GAACAUGCGACUUCUUAGAACAGAACUGGAACAACAGAAACAGGAUGGAGCUGAUAAAGAAUCGAGAAUUAACUUCCUAACAGCGGAGCUGGAGCGUCUGGAAAAACUGAUAGUUGAACUCAAUCAACAACUUAAUAAUCAAUAUCUUAAAGAGGAGCUGGAGCGUCAAGGAAAGCUUAUAGACGAACUUGUAAAGGAAUCGGUAAAGCAUACUUUAAGCUCUCAUCCAGUCAAUUGUAGCGACGCCAAGUCUAGUGGGAUCAGUGAAAUACUUAUCUCCAACUUUAGUAGUGAACCCUUUAAAGUAGCCUGCGAUGCAGAGACUCAAGGUGGAGGAUGGACGAUAAUCCUGAGGCGAAUGGAUGGAAGUGAGGACUUCUAUCGCAACUGGACGGAAUACAAAGAGGGAUUCGGAGAUCUGAAUGGCGAGUUUUUCUUAGGAUUGGAUAAAAUACACACAUUGACGACAGAGAGCAGGCAGGAAUUACUUGUUAUCCUUGAGGACUUCGAGGGAAAUGAAGCGUAUGAGUCGUAUGAGGAAUUUGGAAUCGGUAAUGAGGCUCAAAAAUAUGUCAUACAUACUUUGGGCAAAGCGAAUGGAACGGCUGGUGACUCACUCUCAGUUCAGCGUAACAUGGAGUUUUCUACCUAUGAUCGAGAUAAUGAUUUUUGGAUUUUUGGCAACUGCGCCGUACACAGCACUGGUGCCUGGUGGUACGUUGCUUGUCACACCAGCAAUUUGACGGGAAGGUAUAACGAUAACACCUUGAAGAAGGGCGUCAAUUGGUACACUUUUAAAGGUUAUGAAUACUCACUCAAAAGAGCCGUCAUGAUGAUACGGCCAAAGAAUUAAACUCUAAGACUCUACAAUAUCAAAAUCUUUUCUAAUAUUCUAAAGUAUCCUUAAUCUCAGGGACCGAAAAUAAUGAUUAUUAUUUUUUCUUAAUAAAAAAACA